AUGACUCGGCGCUUUUUAACGCCCGCCAAAGUAGGCCAACUAAUACUCAUUGAAAUUUAUACCGAAGCAGUUGUCCCGCAUUCGUCGAGAAUUCCGAUCAUUUCAUUUUUACUCACUAAUCUACUUCAAUCAGCAUCAAAUUCAGAUCACAAUGAAUCAUUAUCCCAGCAGCCCGAUGAAGCAAACACGGACCUCAAGUCCUUUGAAUCUUUGCUGACCGCUCACGCAUCCGUUUCCAACUUUCGCGAAAAGACACUAUGGGAUUAUUUCUUGAAGAAGCUGUGGGAUAUCGACAGCUCAGAUUCACUUCAUGCCUUUUUUAUGAAACUAUCAAAUCUUCUCGUUAAAUCUCACGACGAUUUGAAGAAUGAUAGCAGCAUGGGGAUUCCGCCACCGUCCGAAGAUAUGAUCCUGCUUUCUCGCACAUCGCCUCUGGGUAGCUUCAUACGAAGAUCACAGUUGGAAUACGAGGGUAUGAAAUUUAGCGAUUCCCUAAAAUUGUGGAAGAGCCUACUGAGGUGGAGGAGUGAAUCGAGAAACACAUGGUCGAAAUUGAGUGGGAACAUAGGGAAAUGGGCCGGCGACAGAGUACUAGACGAAAAUGAUAAAAAGUUUGGAAGGGAUUCUACCCGGAAACUAGAACUCAUUAUUUAUGGCUCGUUUGAAGAGGAAGAUUCUCCUGGAGAAUUUGUCAGUACAGAUGACGUCGAAAAGCUUCUAGAAUUUCAGGUCGACAAAAUGCAGCAUUAUGGUAGUAGAAUGUCACGCGAACUCAAGGAAAAAUUUAGAAGCUUUUUGGACCAGAGUAUCUUGGUGCCCAGUUUAUCGCAUUAUCUAAUAUUUCUUGAUUCCUGGAGAGCUGGCGAUUACACAACAUCAUUCGAUAGUCUUCACCGGUAUUUUGACUACACUAUGCAAAAUAGGGAUCGCCUUUUCUAUCAGUAUGCUCUAAUGAAUCUUGCCAUUCUACAAGCAGAUUUUUCAUGCUUCAACGAGGCAGUUGCAUCCAUGCUAGAAACAGUUUCCACAGCAAGAGAGAAUAGAGAUAUUGUAUGUCUCAAUUUCGCACUAAACUGGAUUUAUCAUUUUGGCAAGACUCAUCCCACAGUCCUCGCAGAUCUAGAUUCUACAAAUAUGCUCGGCACUGAGAGAGAGGGACUAUCUUUCCUUCAGAUUAAAGCUAAAGAGACAGGAAUGUGGAAUCUGUGGUGUUCCUCUUUACUCAGUGACGCCAAAUUAGGGAUGAUAAAUGGAGAAAGUGUGGGGACUGCCUUUGAGAAUAUUACUAAGAGCUCGCACAUCGCAGUGGAGAAGAAUUUGAAAUGUAUGACUGGUCCAUUGAUGGCCAUGCGCUCGUCCCUAUGGGAGAGAUUAGGAGUUGCUCAUCUAUCCAGGCAAUACUGCGAAGCUUUCAUGCAAUGCCAUAUGCUAACAGACAGCUCGUUCGACGACACCUUACGAUGUACUGGGCGAAUAGCCCACUUUUUGGUCAAUCAAGGUCAGUAUAAGUUAGCAUUAGAGAUGUUGGACCAAUUUGAAUUUAAAACUGAUCUCUCAUGGAAAUCAAAUCAGUAUUGGCUGAAAUGUCAGGGCAUCUUUCAAUUGAAGCGUUAUCUCGCGCAGAAUAAAUUAGACAAUGCCUUUAUUCUCUUAUCGCAACUUCUUCAAAAUAACGGCGAGGACGCGGAUGCAGAGCUCUCGUUUGAAAUAACUGCUCUGCACAUUGACUAUCUCAUGCGAAGGACUGACUACAGUCGAGCACUGAUGGUUAUUGAGGAAUCUUCGAAGCUAAUGUGGGAGCAUGGGUAUGAUGUUAACCUGAGGGUCCAGCUGCUGCUACUAAAAGCCUCAAUAUAUGAUAAAGCAGGAAGACCUCAGAAAGGCUUCUCCAUUGCUAUCCGUGCGGCGAAUAUAGCAUGGCGGUCACUCUUGCUUCCUGCUCUUUGGGCCGCAAUGGGAGCUAUCGCAAAUAUCUUGACAUCUCUCCACGAAUUUCAGGCCUCAACUCAGAUAUUGAUAUCUAUAUUUCCACGCGUACUAGAAUGCGAUAACAGUGAACUAAGUGCCCAGCUUUAUUCCUUCUUGGCCGAUGCGUACCUUGGCCUUGCAGGUCAGACUAAACCGUUGGAGAGAAGGCAAAAUCUGUUAAAUGGCUUGAAGUUUAUCAAAAGAGCAGGGAAUGAGUAUUCCAAUUUGGAAGAUAUCAAAAAACAGAGUGAAAUGUCUAUCAAGGCAGCUACAAUCUUAAGGUUACUUGGAGAAACCACACUUGCCAGAGAGUACACAGAGAAAUGUAUGAAAUUGAAGCAGUUAAACUUAGCGAUAGAUGGCAGUCCCAAAAUGAUAUUUUCCUAA